ACGAUAUGAGGAAGUUCCGAACCAUGUUUACAGACUGUCUCAUCAUCAUACAGGGGAUUUCAACGCCCAAACUGCUCCCCUGCCUGAUUAUAUACUGAACGACGACCCGACACACCUGCCUAUAAAGGAUGAUCUUGGAUACAUUAGCGACGACAACAUUGCCCAGCGCAUGUCUCAGGAUCAUGUGGAUCACAAACGUGGUUAUGAACUUCUGCAAAGGAAUGGAAUACGGAUAUGUAACGGUCGGUUGUUAAAUGAUCAUGAUGAUCUGACUGUUCAAGGUGAAGAGGAAUGUGAGCCUGGACAAUAUGGGGAUGGUUGUAGUCAAAAUUGUUCUCAAAACUGUUAUCCUCUUCCAAAUGGCAUAGUGAAAUGUCACAAAGAAACCGGAGAAUGCUUCGAAGGAUGCAAAGCGGGUGUGUACGGUGACCAGUGUGAUGAACCGUGCAGCAAAACUUGCCUAGGAAACAUCUGUAAUCAGCACAAUGGACAUUGUACACUGGGCUGUAUAGAAAAUCACAUCGGCGUCUUCUGUGAGAUUUACAAUGGGAUUACCAUCGUCCAUCAAGGUACUACCUCUAGCAGUGCAGGUACUACCUCUAGCAGUGCAGGUACUACCUCUAGCAGUGCAGGUACUACCUAUAGCAGUCACACAACCGUUACCACAGGUGUGGCACCGACAAGCAGUUCCCAGGUCAUCAUUCCAGUUGUUGUAACAGUACUUGUCCUUAUCCUUAUCCUUGUGGGCGCAGUGGUUAUCUUCAUAUGGCGCAGAAAGAAGGAGAAGAAGAAGAAGAAAAAUUUAAAUGGAGAUGAUGCCGAAGCUUGGCAGAGUUGUCUCGGAGACAAAACACGAUACGUUCAAAAAUCGACGAUUACAGCUCCAGAUGUGUUUGUUCAUCGACCGUCACAAGAUAGCUGGAAUAUUGCCGGAGCUAAACCAGGUGGAAUAUGGGGUUCUCCUCGAGAUGGUCAGGAUACACAGGAUCUCUCCCGCAUGGAAGCUACGUUGAUGAAAAAAAUACAAGAGAUGCAAGGCAUGGUGAUGUCAUCGCGGAGGCCUGGUGAUCCUCAACCCUCGGACAGCAGUGUAUUCUCGACACCGACACCCGCACGGAGAGACGCCCGGACAGGCCAAGACCUCCAUUCCGCCUGCAGUGAGGGGAACCUGGCGGAGGUGAAGCGGAUCCUGGACACAGGUCGGGCUGACGUCAACUGUAGAAGUGUGGGCGGGAUGACACCGGUGAUGUGGGCAGCACUGAGGGGACACAGGGAUGUGGUGGAGCUCCUUGUGAGUCGAGGUGCUGAUGUGUCACUGGUGGACGAUGACGGUAACAACAUCCUUCACUGGGCCUGUGAGGGAGGAGACAGGAAGACAGUGGAGUUUGUCCUGUCUCUGGACGGGGUGGACAUCAACAGUAGAGGAUGGAAGAGCAUUACACCGGUGAUGGAGGCAGCAUGGUGGGGACACAGGGAUGUGUUGGCGAUCCUAGUGAUUCGAGGUGCUGAUGUGUCACUGGUGGACGAUAUGGGUAACAACAUCCUUCAUUGGGCCUGUAUGGGAGGAGACAGGAAGACAGUGGAGUUUGUCCUGUCUCUGGACGGGAUGGACAUCAACAGUAGAGGAUGGAAGAGAUUACACCGGUGCUGUGGGCAGCACGGUGGGGACACAGGGAUGUGGUGAAGUUCCUUGUGAGUCGAGGGGCUGAUGUGUCACUGGUGACUAAUGGUGGUGACAACAUCCUUCACUGGGCCUGUGAGGGGAGGAGAGAGCAAGACAGUGGAGUUUGUCCUGUCUCUCGGGACGCG